AUGAAGUUUACACAAUUGUUAUACAAACAACAUAUAGGUAAAGCAAAGAGAUAUGUAUGGCAACAUCAACGAGAAAGAAAAAUAGUAGUGAGCAAAGCAGAAGAAAUUUUAAAAUCUAUGAAAUUUAUAGUACAAGAUGCUACAGAAUUCAUAUCAAACCAAAGUGCUUUGCACAAUAGCAAAAUGAUUGAAAAUUCAAUUGCUGUUAAAGAGUCAAUUUUGGAUGUGAACAGUAAAAAUUAUUUGACAUUUGAAGAUCAUAAUGUUUUACAAGAAGGUGUACCACAAGCAUUAUUAUUAACAAAAACUGUCAAACUUAAUAAUGAAUUACCAGAGAAAAUACAAAAGCUAAUUACUGACAUUCCAAAAAAUAUAAAUAAUUUAUCAAAAAGAUCUGUUUAUACAUCUAUGAUAUAUGAUGCACAACAAGUAAAAUUAUCAAAACUAAAAGAUUCUGAUCGACCUGCUUGGGUAUUUCCAAGGGUAUAUGGUAUAACUAGUACAAGAAAAAUGCAGAACCUAUCAAAGAAAUUUCUACAACUUUGUGAAUCAUUGUGUGGAUUAAAUGAUGCACAAUACAAAUCAGUAAUUCAUGAUGGUCUUUUAUCUGCGUGUAUAGGAAAAGAAGACAAUUUUCUAAAGUUUUCCUUAAAAAUGGAUAUAAUGAUGAUGUCAUCAAUACCUCUAGCACCAAUAGCUGAUGUAAAUAUGGAUAAUAAUUUUGAUGUACCUGAUCUUUAUCCACUACAUUAUACUAUUGGUUUAUCUAGAGAUAAGUUAGAUAAUAUAAUUAGUAGCAGCAAAAUUUUAUAUCCACUUACUAUGGACUCGCCAUUUAUGAAUGUUCAUACUAUCUUUAUAAAUCACAAUCCAGAGGAAGUUAAAAAUUUAACUGACUUGCCAGUUACUGAAGAUCAAAUUCAUGCACGUUCAAUGAUAAAAUCAUUUGGUGCAGCAGCAAUUUGUGCUCAACAAAAGUUUGGAUUAAGUGUGAAGGAGUUACCAGAACCUAUUGUUGUACAAUGUAUUCAAUCGGAUGGACAAAAUUUUCAUUUUUCUGUGUAUCAACUUAAUACUUUAGAUAUAGAUGGCAAAGAAGGAAUUAAAAAUUUUUGGUGGUCAGAACCAUCAAUAAAAUUAUAUGAACAAGCUCUAUAUAAAAAUGGACAAUCUUGUCUUGAAGGCUACAAUAGUGAUGUUUUUAAAAGAUAUCUUGCAUUUUAUAAAAAUAAAUAA